AUGUCAACUGAUACAUUUCCAACAAACGGAUCCAUGAAUUCAACUGAAAAACGUGCUCUUAGUGAAACUAUACCCAAUACAAAACGUUCAGGUGGAAGCUAUGGUAGUUUGUCUAAAUCACAAUUGCAACCAACAUUUUAUAUUUGCCAUCCAGUGGAAGUAGAUGAUACUCUACAGAGACUGGCGUUGAAAUACAAUGGGAAUAUCCAAGAAAUCAAACGAAUCAAUAAACUCUGGUCUGAUGCCGAAUUGAGUCUUCUUGAAGAUGUAUAUAUUCCUGUGAAUCCAUCUCAGCUAUCGACAUUACGAGCAUUGAAUCCAAAUUUAGAAAUUGUGCAAAAUAUAUCCCCAACAACGAACCGCGUACGAAGAUUAUCGGGAAAUGCUAAUAUAAGCGAUGAUAGUACGUCAUCUAUUCGAACAUCUGAUAGUAAUACUUCGAUUCCGACGACAACAACAACUUCCUAUCAAGAUUUUUUCUCGAAAAUUGACGAACAGCUAAGUACGUACAAGAAAACUUUACAAGGUACUGACGCCAGAAGUCGACAACUCUCAUCUCAGAUAUUAAAUGACGAUAAGCACUCGUCUACAGUCAACCGCUCCAUUGUGCAACACAAUGAUCGACAUAAAAGUAACCAUUAUACGACAGAUGACCAUGCAAGCAAUGAAAACCAACGUGAAAAAUACAUAUCCGCUGCAUUGGAACGAAUUCAACGAGAACAAGAUGAUUUCGAUGGAUUAUAA